AUGAUCGGUCUGCUAGCUCCUAUGGCCGUGCUCGUCGGCUACGACUGCUCAGUUCACAUGUCGGAAGAGACUCGGGACGCUUCCUCUACUCUUCCCAAGGCAAUCAUGGGCUCUGUGCUCCUCAACGUCACCUUAGUUUUCAUCAUGGUGACAACUCUCUGCUUCACUAUUGGCGAUGCUGCCACGGUACUCGCGACACCGACUGGCUACCCGUUCAUUGCUGUCUUCUACAGUGCAACAAACUCCUAUGCGGGGACGAAUGUGUUGACUGCCAUCGUUGUUAUCAUGCUCUCUGGCUGCGCAUUCUCCGAAGUCGCUGCUUCGUCUCGACAAAUCUGGUCGUUUGCACGCGAUGGAGGUCUACCCGGACACAAGUGGCUUGCGAAGGUCGAUUCGAGAUGGAACAUCCCACUGCCUGCGGUGGCACUUUCGUUGCUCAUCUCUGCUCUGAUCUCAUUGAUCAAUAUCGGCUCGACGGUAGCGCUCAACGCCAUCACGUCCUUUGGUGCGGUGGCGACUCUCCUGUCGUACUACCUCACGAUCGCUUGUCUGGUCAGUCGACGACUACGGGGACCAAAGCUACCAGCACGAAGAUGGUCGUUGGGAAGAUUCGGCCUGGCGAUCAAUAUCUUCGCACUAGCGUUUCUAACACCACUCAUCUUCUUCUUGACCUGGCCAUUGGUGACGCCUGUGACUGCGGCGACGAUGAACUGGUCCAGCGUCAUGCUGGGAGGAACGCUGAUCAUAGCUACGGCUUUCUAUGUCAUCAAGGGAAGACACGACUAUGUAGGCCCAGUGGCGCUUGUCAAGCGGGUCGAGUAG